ACCGGGGUCCUUCUCACAGUCGUUGUCGCAUCAGGGUGUUGUAGGCUAUCAUCAACGACGCUGCUUUACACGGCUGGAAACAAACACAGCACUAUGCAGUUUCGGAAUUCGAUCCAGGUGUGUGUUGUUGUGGCAACAUUGCUGUCACUGUCACAGUCCUUCCGCAGAGGCGUUCCCGAGGGGUCAGAUCUAUACAAUAGCCUGUCCACUGUGGAAGCAAAACGGUCGACAAUAUUUGAUAGGAUGGGUCGAUUUUAUGGGAAAAGAAGUUCAACGGAAAUGGAAAGAAUGAAUGGUAAAAUAAGGCCCUUGUACACCACUGAAGAAAUGAGGGAACUAGUGUCUGGUUCUCCAAGACUUCUUGCAGGAAUAAUCAGAGGAUACAUUGACAGGAAUGGCGAUGGCUUGGUCGACGAAGAGGAAAUGUCACAGCUGAAGAAGAGAAUUCAGUAUCAGUAGGAUCUGAUUCGUGAAACCGAUUCGUGAAACCUUUUCGUGAAACCUCUUCGUGAAACCUCUCGUCAAACUGUUACAAACAGCAGCGUGCAAUUGCUGGACCCACGAUAUCACGUUUCUGUAUACUGUAUAUCAUAGAAUGGUGCUAUGCAUUUCAACAAGUGACAUCAUGGAUUCUUGGAGGAUUUACAUUGCAUCCCUACCAUCACAUGCAAAACAUACGUACAGUGAUGCCAUAUUCAUUAGUACAGACGGUGUUCUGAACGUCGCCAUAAAGUCUUUCUUUUCUUUUACAAUGCAAAUAAAAGACUAUUUUUCCUUA